UUUUUUGCUUUUCAUUUGCUAGUUUAAGGUUAAAAUGUCAGAUGUUUUUCAUUUAUACAACUUCUCUGCAUAUAUAUUGAGCUUUCCAGACUGUAAGGAGGAGGGGCUUCCUUUCCACAUUUACAGUCUGCAUUUUGAUGUUGAGAGAGAUGGCAAAGGAGGGGAGCUUAGUGGCUGUAGGAAACAACAGCACCUGGGAUGAAGGGACAGAUGCGAAGAGAUGUAGUUACGUGCAUGCGACUAAUACAUGAUUAACAGACCCAGGGAAGCUGUGCUUAGCUAUGUAGCUAACUGUGCUCAAGAAGUUACAGUUGACACCAGAAGACAUGGACAGCAGCAGUUUCAUCCAGUUUGACGUUCCUGAGUACAGCAGCACUGUACUGAGCCAGCUGAAUGAGCUUCGCCUGCAGGGGAAGCUAUGUGAUAUCAUCGUGCAUAUCCAGGGUCAGCCAUUCAGAGCCCACAAAGCUGUUCUAGCUGCCAGUUCUCCGUAUUUCCGUGACCAUUCAGCAUUAAGUACCAUGAGUGGCCUGUCGAUAUCAGUUAUUAAAAAUCCCAGCGUCUUUGAACAGUUGCUUUCGUUUUGUUACACUGGAAGGAUGUCCUUGCAGCUCAAGGACGUUGUUAGUUUUUUAACUGCAGCUAGUUUUCUACAGAUGCAGUGUGUCAUUGAUAAGUGCACACAGAUUCUGGAAAGCAUCCAUUCGAAGAUCAGCGUUGGCGAAGUCGACUCUGUCACCGUCGGUGCUGAAGAUAACGCAGAAAACCACAAUGGGGUUAAAGACAGCAGCUACUUUGCCAACCCAGUCGAAAUCUCCCCUCCCUAUUGUUCUCAGGUGCGGCAGUCCACAUCGGGCAGCGAUCUCAGAAUGGAGACUACUCCAGCCAAGGUUCUACGGAACCGUCUGCAAGAAGAAGGCCAAUCAGAUCGCGGAAGUAGUGGGAGUGUUUCAGAAUAUGAGGUUCAGAUUGAAGGGGAUAAUGAUCAAGGGGACUUGGUAGUAAGAGAGAGUCAGGCUGCUGAGGUGAAAGUUAAAAUGGAAAAGUCUGACCAGCCGAGUUGCUCCGAUAGCUCUUCGCUCGGCGACGAUGGGUACCAUACUGAAAUGGUAGAUGGAGAGCAAGUAGUGGCUGUCAAUAUUGGUUCCUAUGGCUCUGUAUUGCAGAAUGCUUAUUCGUAUUCCCAUGGUGCAUCCCAGUCUGCUGGUGUGUUUGAGGGCUUUGGCAGCCUCAGAAACUCAAGCUCGUCAAGGUCCAUGCUAGGCUCUUUCCGAGGUCGUGGGCGUCAGAAACGGGUAUCUGCUAGCCACUUGCACAGUGAUGUCCCAGGCCUGAUGCAGGGAGUCGAUGGGGAAUCUGCGGGAAGUCAUCUCAGCUAUGAAAGCAGUCCACGGGAAAGGAAUUCAAGAGGUCACUUGUAUGCGUACAGUGAAAGGUUAAUCUGCAUAUACUGUGGGAAGUCUUUCAAUCAGAAAGGGAGUCUCGACCGGCACAUGAGGUUACACAUGGGAAUAACCCCCUUUGUGUGCAAGUACUGCGGGAAGAAGUACACGCGCAAGGACCAGCUUGAAUAUCAUAUCCGUGGUCACACGGAUGACAAACCUUUUCGCUGUGAGGUCUGCGGGAAAUGCUUUCCUUUCCAAGGAACUCUGAACCAGCACUUGCGAAAGAACCACCCUGGGGCAGCUGAAGUAAGAAGCAGAAUAGAAUCCCCAGAAAGAACAGAAGCUUAUAUGGAACAGAGAGAUGAUGAUGCGUCAGCCUCCGAAACUUUAGAUUACAGCGUGGACAUGCACACAUCCGACUAAAAGACCGCGUCCUUCCGUGCAACCCAAACAAAGCACAUUGAUCAAUGCAUUUCCUUUUUUUGUUGUUGCUCUGAUAACUUUCAUAAAAGGUAUAGCAGCAUUUUAGCUUUUCCUUAUUUUACAAGUCUUGUCGACAUCGUUCCUGGGUAGAAGGCUGCUGUUUCAUUUUCCCAUUGCUUUGAAGGAAGAAAGGAUAGAUUUACUCCUUGUGGGGGAAAGGGGGCAGAAUGUUAUAGAAGCAAUGCACUUGGGGUGGGGGUGAGAUUCCAACAGUGAAAGAUUGGGGGUGCGGGAGGGGAAGAGAAGGAUAUUGCUGGCUGAUACACCCAGGGAAUAUGUUGUCUUGUGUUGUGCUUUGCGCAGCCCAUUCCUAUGCAUGUUUACUUAAAAGUAAAUCCCACUGAAUUCAAUGUGACUUACUCCCAGAUUGUGUGCUAGGAUUGCAGCCUUAACCAAACACAUUACAUAGGAGCAUGGAAAUGCUCCUAGAGUCCCAUCCAUGUGUCAUAAUGAGUUGUGGGGGUUUUGUUGGUGGUUUGUGGUUUUUUUUGGUAAUAACUAUUUUGAUAGCUUUUGAAUUUUAUAUAAUAAUAUAUAUUAUAUAUAAACUAUAUAAAA